AUGGCGAGCCGGCGGUCCAUGAAGCGGCCGGCAGGGCAGGAUGCUCCACGCUGGGUGGUGAAGGAAAACGACCAGGACGUGAGCUUCGAAGAAUUCCAGCAGAGCUGGCAGCCUUUGCCCGAUGAAGACCAGGACUACUACUUCAGUUCCUAUGCUCGUUUGGGCAUCCAUGAGGACAUGCUGAAGGAUGAGGUCCGGACUGGAAGUUAUAUGGAAGCCAUCGAAAACAGCCAGGACUUGUUCAAUGGCAAGACUGUACUGGAUGUCGGCUCAGGCACCGGCAUCCUGUCGCUCUUCGCCGUCCGCGCGGGGGCGCGGCAGGUGCUGGGCGUGGAGCGCUCCGAGGUGGUGGACUUCGCCCGGACCAUUGCAGAGGACAAUGGCUUCCGGGAAGUCGUCACUUACGUGCAGGGGAAGGUGGAAGAAGUGGAACUUCCAGUGGAGAAGGUGGACAUCAUCGUCUCUGAAUGGAUGGGUUACUUCCUGAUGUUCGAGUCGAUGUUGGAUUCCGUGCUCUUUGCGCGGGAUAAGUGGCUCAAGCCAGGAGGGCAGAUGUUUCCUGAUCGUGCCCGGCUACUUAUGGCGGGGAUCGAGGAUGCAGACUACAAGGAGGAGAAGCUUGGUGCCUGGUGCCACGUCCGCGGCUUCGACUUUUCGCCUGUCGCAGAGCUGGCACUGCAAGAGCCCUUGUCCGAGAUCGUGGAUGCUUCUGCGAUGGUGACCUCCCGUCAAUGCGUCUUCCAGAUGGACCUCACCACGGUCACCCGGGCUGAAUUGGACUUUGUCGCGCAAGGGGGGCCCAGAGAUGGGAGAUGUCCGGGCGAACCGAUUUGGGAUGGUUUAGGUAAGCAGGCGGACGGACGUUUACCACGGGACCUUCACCGAUUAAGCCAUCUUCAGCAGCUGCAGCUCGAAUCCACCCAAGUCACUGGAGACAUUCAAGCCGUCCAAAAUCUUACGCGGCUGCAGAGGCUCAACAUCGCAUUCACCCGAGUCACAGGAGAUAUCGAAGUCUUCAAAUCCACACCCCAGCUCAGGGUGCUUAAACUUCAGUCAACCAGUGUCACUGGAGACAUUCAGGCCUUCAGAAGCACUCCACGUUUGCAACAGAUGUUUCUCUACUUUACUGGAAUCACCGGAGACAUCGAAGCUUUCAAGAACACAUCUGACCUGGUCUAUUUAGACCUUGCCGCUACCGGAACCACUGGCGACAUCGCAGUCUUUGGAGGCACUCCUUUUUUGCAAGGUCUUGUUCUCUAUUCAACCAAUGUGAUUGGAGACAUCAAAGUCUUCCAGGAGACUCCAUCAUUGUCCCACCUGGAACUGUGGCCUACAAAGGUCACUGGCGACCUCAAAGUGUUUGAAUACACUCCGAAUUUGUGGCAUGUUGUCCUAUACUCCACGGGAGUCGCGGGUGACAUCCACGUCUUCGAAGAGAAGACGUAUCUGGAGGAGCUUCAGCUGGGAAACACUGGAGCAUAUGGAGACAUCCAAGUCUUCCAAGACGUUCCACGUCUACAGACCUUAAACCUCCGGUCCACGAACGUGACAGGUGACAUGCACCAGAUCCGUCUAUGGCGUGAUGUCAAAACCGUGGAUCUAUCGAAGACCCUGGUCAGUGGUCGCAUUGACCGAGCAUGGCGCGGCUGUUGCCAAAGUCUGCAACGAUUGAAUUUGGCCGAAUCCAAAGUGAGCUUCUUGCCGACGGGGAAUGAUGCACUGGAGCUCAUGAAAGUUAGUUCCUCUGACUUAGACGGCUUUCUUCCGGCAUUAACCAGCCUGGAUGUGAGCAGAUGUCUUUUGCAUGGAGAACUGCAGCAACUUAUUCAGCCUCUCAUGGAAUGCAAAUUCCUUUCAAAGAUUGCGGCGGCAGGAUGCAAUCUGACAGGUGAGCUCGUGCCUACCAGUAUUUUUUACAAGGAUGGUUCUCCCCGCUAUUAUAAAUAUGCCUCGCUGUGGUCCUCUUUGGUGAGUCUUGACAUCUCUGCUAAUACAAUCAAAAGAGUGGGUGGCUUGCCAAUCUCCAUCGUUAGCAUAGACCUUUCGAACAUGUCCAGCGAGCUGGUGAUGGACCAUGGCAUCCUGGCAGCCCUUGUGAACCAAAGGGUCCGAGCCAAUUUGCGGAUGACCGUUCUGAAGGGCGACGAGCCAAAGCAGUUGAUCCAAAAAGGUUUGCUGAAAGCUACUGAACGAUGGGUGACCUCAGGUCUUGGAUACUCAUGUCACAACUUGGUGGGCUCGACGAUGGAUGUGACCCCUGAACGGUUUGCUCCUGAGCUGCUGUGUGGGUGUGCACGCGGGUAUUCUGGCCAUGGCACCACCUGUCUUGCCUGCGAGGCCAACUUCUUUAAUCCUGAGCUGAACCAAAGCCAAUGUCAACGAUGCCCUCCAAACAGCAGAAGUGAUGCAGGGUCCCCGAGCCUGCAGUCGUGCCAGUGUUCCAUGGGGAACCCAUACAACGGCAGCAGGGGUCUCACAUGCGCUUGUGGCGACGGAGACGCUUUGCUGGGCGAUGACUGUGUCUCCUGUGAAAAGCUCAAUCUCAAGUGCAUGGGCCAUGGGAACAGCGCAGCGACAGCUCCACCAGCAGCGUCCUUCAUGCGGUUACGCCCCAAUGCUAGUGAUGUCUUCCAAUGUGUCGAUCCUGCUGCCGUUCGAUGUCCCGAGAAUGUGUCGAUGUCGGGCUGCGCACCGGGAUACGACGGCCCUCUUUGCGUGCUUUGUGCUCAGGGUUUUCAACCCAGAGGCAAGACUUGCCAACCCUGUGCCAACAGCCAGACUCCUUACCUACUUUGGUUUGGCCUUUUGGGGCUUGGUGACAUUUUCUUGGCAGCCGCCUAUGCCUAUCGGAGGAGGGGUGACCUUCAUCGUGUUCAGGAGACUGGAGCAGCUGCAGUCCUGAUGCAGCUCCUUUCUGCACAGGCCCCGAUGAUGCUUCAGCUGGUCCAGCUUUGGGUGGUGCUGUCCUGCCUGGCGAAGGAGGGCUUGGAUACCGAAGUGAAGAAGGGGCAAGGUAGUUUCACCUCUCACUUUCCAGAGGUAGCCUAUCUUGAGACCUUGGAACUCACAGUGGACAGCUGGCAGGAGUGGUUCAAUAUUCAGUGCUUCUUUGAUCCUGUAGUCAUUCACUCGGCCUCAGCAUUGGCAGCACCGCUUCUGCCACUGCUUCUCCUGGGCUUGUGCGCUAUGAUCGAGCUCUUUUCACGAAGUGAUGGAAUCAAUCUGGCCUUGAAGAUGCUAACACUCUUCUUUAUUGGAGGAGCGUCGAGCUCAGCGAAGCUUCUCAAUUGCCAAGACUAUGAUGGGGGAGGUGAAAAGAGUCUGGGAGAGGACUCCUUUCGGCCUUUGUUCCCACAUCUCAAGUGCAAUGACUCCAAUGGCUUGGCGCUUUGGGUCGACGGCAUUGGAUACGCCACGGUUUUCGCCUAUGGCAUGGUGAUCCCCAUGUUCUUGCUGAUGGUCAUGGCGCGACAGCACCUGGCUCUCCAAGAGAGUCGACUGCUGGUGGCCACCGCCGAUAUUGGAAAACACACCCGGGCCCUGCGCAUCGAGCGGCUCCGGCGAACCAGCGAAGAGACUCCGGAGCCGACAACCGAGCUCGGUGCCGGGCUGAAGGACGAUGUGCUUGCACGGCGUUUACUGGCAGCUGCUGCGGUCCACAUGGCUGUGGAGAUGCGAGGGUCAAAGGUGCAGGUGGAGCUGAAGAAGGAUUUGGCGAUGGUGACCGUGACUCCGUUGAACGCAGCGAGCGAUGAGGAUCAGGCAGAUUCCGCUGUUGAUGUGAGUGAGAUGUUGGCAUCCAUGGUAGUGGUCCAGGAGAAUUUGGCUGCCCUCCGAAGCCGCACGGUGAUGCAAAUGUUGACAGAGCGGAGCAUGCUCCAAGACGAAGUUUCAGAUCGAGUCGUGCUGGGCGCGAAGCAGCUGCUGACCAAAUACGCCAUGUGCCAGCAUGUGUGGAUGGAAGUUGCCUUAAAGCUGGUUGCAGUGGCCUUGGUGUCGGUUGUAUCUGCCGACAUUGGCGUCACUGGACUCUACUUGGCUCUGGCGCUCACGCUUGGCAUGGCCGCAGUCAUUGCUAUGGUCCAUCCUUAUUCUCAGCCACAGCUGAAUGAUGUGCAGUGCCUGUGCUUUGUGAGCCUCUCAGAUGCAAAGACCAGAGAUGCUGGGCUAUUUUUGGACCACAUAUUGACAGGUCAUUUGUAGGUUUCAGAUACGCAUAAGAGGUCGAUGUCAAGAGAAGUCCGUGCCAACUCUUCCAAAAACCACCCACCUUCACUGACCUGGCUGCGGCAGUGCAUGGCAGUGCAUUGUUUCACUAUUUUGUACCAAGUACGGCAGGCCUGGCCUUGUCCGCUGCUGGCUUCCACUAUGGCGUGCCCUGGAUCUCGCGCCUGGGCCUUGGAGCGCCCUUCUUGCUUUUGUCGGUGCAGGUCUUCAAGCCGGACAGCGUGGAAGCCUUAGCUUUGCGCCUCUACGAGGAGUUGAAACACCAGUCGACCGCUUUGCAGCGUGGGCAGCCUGCAGUUGUCUCGGUGUCACUGCGGAAGUUCUUCUGAGUCAAACUCCUCGCCGUUCCGAAGUAACAUGAGUUGCCGCGAAACUGCAGUGCAGUUGACCGAUGCAUUUGGGUGCAAACCGAAAGGCUUGAAAGAGAAUUGCGUUCCGGAAAGCUAACAGUACGAAUUUGUGCGGAAUGACAGGUUUGAGGCACUAGGUUUUCACGGGUUGGGCUUUCCUCUCGUUUUUUGAAAGUCGUUCAUUGACCUCGUGCGCUGGGGUUGUAACCAAUCAUGAACCACCACGGGGAUUGGAGAGGCUUCUUGGGUCUCAACUACCCGCGUUAGCAGAGCUUGUAAGUUUGAUCAGCAAUGGGUGGUGGACCUUAUUGGGGGUGAAGCUGAAUGGUGUUCUGGCACAGGGUUGAGGGGAGGUUGCGAUCUCACAAGGAUGCCCUGUGGUAAAAGACGUUUGGCUGCAUUUUACUAAGGCUUUCCAGGAUUUUUUUCAGUGGUCCUUCUAGUUAAACACCAAGAUAGACAAAGGACAACCUCCAAGGAGCAUUUUGAAACCUUUUCAUUCACAUUCUGUUGCAUAAGUGAAACUCCUGCAAAUCCUCCAAGAAACAUCCAGUCCUGCACGUAUACACGGAGCAACUCCUUUGGUAGGACCGGUCCAUCCGCGCUUUUAGACAUCAAACUGGCCGGGCUGCCAGAAUCGCCCCAACUGGUCGCUGCCAGAACUCGUCCGCGCCAGACUCGACUCUCUCGCAGGCCUUUCGAGCUUCGAGUGCUGC